ACCUGCUUAUUUGGGCGGUAUUCUUCUUUGUCUUUUUUGUCAGCUUUUGUGUUAUGUACCAAGCCAACCUGUACCCAAACUCUCCAAGCUCCAAGCCUUUCUUCUGGGACAAGUUCUGGCACACAGCAUUUUGGCAGAUCUUUGGGGAGCUCUUUCUGGACGAAAUUGGACGAGGGCCGCCGACUGUAAAUUGCACAACAGAUGAGAGCGUUUGGAGACCGCAAGGCGGUACAGAUCGUUGUCCAACAGACACCCACAUGGUUGGGUUCCUUGGAGGCAUUUACAUGAUUUUGACUAACAUACUUCUCAACAAUUUGCUGAUUGCAAUGUUAAGCCACACAUUCGCAAAUGUUCAGGAGAAGUCGGGCCAUAUCUGGAAGUUCUACUGUUACGGAAUUGUACGUGAAUAUUACUCUAGACCCGUGCUUUUCCCUCCAUUGAUAAUUCUGGUUCACAUUUGUCGUACAAUACGAUAUGUGGUUUCUCGUUGUGGAGAUACGUACGAUGUGUACGACAGCGAAUUUCGACUAAAGGACAUAGAAGGGUUUUACAGUAAACAUUUACUGAAAUUUGCUGAUGCUGCAGCUAAACGGUGUCUUAAACAGAACAAGAAUGCAAAGACAUAAGAAUUUUAAAUCACGCGGAAGAAAUUAUAUACACGAACUUGAAGCAAUUAUAUACACGACCGUAAAAUAAUGAUAUAAACGAUCGUGAAGCAAUGCCAUACAAUUCUUACAACAAUGAUGCUCCAUCUGCAACAGCAGGAGAGAAACUUCAUCGUAGCACAUAGUAUAUUAUUUAUAAGACAUAAUCAAUUUGCAAUAUAGUGCGACAAAGCACACUCGCACAACGCAAUUAUAUGUGUGUUAUUUUAUAAUAAUUAUUACCUAUUCAUCACUUUAUUAGGCCACAAUUUGUGUUGUGUAUAUAUACAAAAAUCGUGAUUAGUGUUAGAGCAUAUUGGUUCUCUUUGUUACUUAAGAAAUGAAUCGCAACGCGUUGGAAUCACAUUUGAUAAUGCGAUAAAUUGUGUACAUUGUGUGUUAUGUAUAUGCAAUUGGUCUUUAUCAUAAAUAAUGUUCCAGUAAACGUUCAAAUAUAAUUGCUAUCUUAGUAUUGUAAGUGUAGUUUUUAGUUAUUAUUCGUUUAUUAAAAUAUUCUAUAGAUACUAGUAUUAA